UGUGCUCAAAGCUACCAAUGGAGCAACGAGGUGCAGGCAGUGAUGCGUCUGGAGGAUGGGAAAGGUUGAGUCACGGCGGCAGUUGGGAGUAUAAAGCCUCGUUGCUGGAAGGAAGUGCCAUCCACUUCCCACAGGUGACUGCAGCUCGCCAACAUGCUCUCUGUAAGUAGCUAACGGCAUUACUAACGACAAGCUCACAUCUCAGAUCUCUUGUCCCCAAAGGAAUUCGAUAUACAAAGAAAUCUCCACUGUCACACUGCUACUUAAGAUUAAGAUGGCAAAUCUUGCCCGGAACGUUCAUUGCUGACAAUCAGAAGCUACAGCUACAAAGGGUUAGACAACAUUGGAAGUUUAAUAUGAUGGCUGCUCUCCCUCCUCCUGGGUGUGCCGCUAAUGGAUGGAAGAGUUAAUGGCAUGUUAAUUUCCCUCAGAUGCUCAAGGUGUCUUUGGUAAUGGCCGUUGCCCUGGCUCUACCCUGCGGCUCUCGUGCAGGUGGCGGCUACGGAGGAGGUGGCGGCAGCGGUUUUGGUGGUGGCCAUGGAACUGGCGGCGGUAGUGGUUUUGGAGGCGGCUAUGGAGGCGAUAUUGCAGUACCCAUCCCUUACAACUUCGACUACGGCGUCUCAGCGGGCAACACCAACUUCGGCCACAGCGAGAGCGGUGACGGUCACGGCAACGCCCACGGCGGCUACUGGGUCAACUUGCCUGACGGCCGCGUGCAGAAAGUUGACUACUGGGCUGACGGCGGCGGCUACCACCCGGUGGUGACCUACCAGGGCACCGCCGUCUUCCCCGCCGGCAAGGGCGGAUACGGAUAUCACUGAGGCGGCCAUGGAUGACUUACCAAAGCCGCGGAACAGGGAGCCGCUGUAUCUUUAUUUACUUAUUCUUGUGUUAAUCAUUUGUUGAAUAAAUAGCUGCAGGUGA